GCUCCGAUUUGCGAGGCCUAAAAACGAGUGUCGUUUACAUUUUUUAUUGCACUCUGUGGUCCGAAGACAACCCUAUGAGGCAUCAGUAGGGUUUUACAGGUGGCGUAGUGGAGGCCUAACGAAGUCAGCAGAAGGCAGGAUGGUAGCGUGUGUUGAGUGUCCGCCAGCGUCUGCCCCGUGGUAAAAUGAGCGGGGAUAAAUGAAAAGACUUCUGGAAUGGGCCCAUGAAGAUAAGUCCGUUUUACUCAUGAGCAGAUUGAGUUUGGUUAAGGUAACAGUGAUGUGGAUAGCCGCUGGAGACAGAACUAGUCCGAGUACCAGCUUUGCUCAGGUUAUUGUUCUAUCGUGCCUUGUCACUCCAGAAAAAGAAAAAAAGGAAGGCAUAAAAGUUGUUUGAAAUGCACAAAAGUGUAGGGCGUGCCAAGCAGUGUUCUGCUGCCGUUGAAGUUAGUGCAGAUUGGAAGUUGAGGCAUCUGGUAGCUGCAUGCUUUUUGCUUUUACCCCCGCCCCCCUCCCAGUUUCAGAUGACUCUAUCUUCUCUUGCAUUAUGUCUCUAGUUUCCCUGUUUUUUAAACAUAAUUGGGACACAUGGGUUCACAAUAGGUUGGAAUAUAUGUAUAUUGAGACAGAGUCUCGCUCUGUUGCUCAGGGUGGAGUGCAGUGGCACGAUCUCGGCUUACUGCAACCUCCGCCUCCCGGGUUCAAGCGAUUCUCCUACCUCAGCCUCCCAAGUAGCUGGGAUUACAGGCGUGUGCCACCAUGAUCGGCUGAUUUUUUUGUAUUUUUAGUAGAGACGGGGUUUCACGAUGUUGGCCAGGCUGGUCUUUAAACUCCUGGCCUCAAGUAAUUCACCCAGCUCGGCCUCCCAAAUGCUGGGAUUACAGGCGUGAGCCACCGUGCCUGGCCAGGUUGGAAUAUUUGAACCCAGGAUAAUUGGUUACUUCAUUGGUGUUGCACACUCAAUUCUGCUUCUUGUGUCUUCUCUAUGAACUUACUUUGGUCUGUAUCUCCCUUUGGAUAACUAAAUGAUAAUGUAUGUGAAUCAUGUGAAUCUGUCCCGCAGCUCCUGUGAUUUUCUGAGGCAAAAGCUUGGUCUAGUGGGGCGGGAUCUGAACAGUAAGCUAAUGGAUGGAGCUGUUUCCUGGGUCUUGCUGUUUUCCGGUUGGGCUGCUCAUUUCUUUUGUGCAGACUUUUGGAGGUUGUGGUCUGGCCUUUACUGUCACGUCACAUGUAGUCGUCACUGGCACCGACUUGCUCCUUGGCUGUCUUUCCUUUUCCUCCUGUUUUUCGUGGGUAUGCUCUUCAGCAUGCCCAUUGGUACACUGAUCAUUUGACAGGUUUCGUGAUUUGUGAGUGUGUGUAGACACCACUAUUGGUAUUAGAUUUAGAAUUCUAAUUUUGGGUUUGUUGACAUCUUUUUGCUGCUUAUCUCAUUCUUCUAUCCCUUCUAGGCUGAUUUUAUUUGGAAACUGAAUUUGGAUUCCAUCUUUGCCUUUCUGGCUGUGAAAUUACCUACUUUUAGAAAGCAUCUCAAAUCUUAUGUCUGUAACUGUCAUUCACAUGCCUUUUGAAGACCGGUCUCAGAUUUCAGAGGACCUCCUGGAGCAUAAACAUGGUAUUCCACAGAUAACUUAAAGCCAGAAAUUAUUUUUAAAACUGGGACUUUCAGCCUCCCUCUCACUCCGGGGGAAAAAGUGAUUAAAAUACAAACACUGUUUCUCUUUUAUUCCUUAACAUGGUUAAUGACAUUAACAUUUCUUUUGAACGUUCUAGUAGAAAUGCCAGUUAUCCUUGUUGCUCUUUAUCUUUUAUCUUUCUGUCUUGUCAAACAAAGCCGCGUUCUUAUUCACCUGCAGGGUCUGCUACUCUCAGGCCUUUGCCAACUCUCACAUAGGUUGGUAUGGUGGCUUUCUGACUUGUUUUCCUGACAAUCUCCAUGUCUCUCCACCUUCUAUCCUCUCUCCCGAGUCAUUGCCCUAAAGUGUAAAUUUGAUUGUGUAAUGACCCUGCUUUAAAAAUUGGAUGAGGCCGGGCAUGGUGGCUGACGCCUGUAAUCCUACCACUUUGGGAGGCCGAGGCAGGUGGAUUGCCUGAGCUCAGGAGUUCUAGACCAGCCUGAACAACACGGUGAAACCCUAUCUCUACUAAAAUACAAAAAAUUAGCCGGGUGUGGCGGCGUGCACCUGUAGUCACAGCUACUCGGGAGACUGAGGCAGGAGAAUCACUUGAACCUGGGAGGUGGAGGUUGCAAUGAGCCGAGACUGUGCCAUUGCACCCCAGCCUGGACCACAGACAGAGUGAGACUCCGUCUCAAAAAAAAAAAAAAAAAAAAUUGGAUGAUAUCUUGAAGCCCCUACCUGAUAAAGUCCAAUUUCUUUUUUUGAAGCCCAAUUUCUUUAUCAUUAUGUGUAAGGACCUUUGUAGUCUGUGGCUCCAAAUUCCUUUUCCAGCCUUGUCUCCUGUCAUUCCUCAUCAGGGAACCUCUUGUUUUGAUGAAGCCCAGCUUUCCUGCCACACUAGUGCAUUGUUAAUGUCUCUGUAUUUUUGCACACAUUGUUUCCUUCUGCCUUACUGAAUCCCGUGAUUCUUUCAAGGCUCAACUCUUCGUGAAGCCUUUUUCAACUUUCCUAACUCUAUUUAUGUUUCUUUACUAUCAUAACGCUUCAUGCAUGCAUUUAUGUAGUUGUUAUAUUACUUUAUGUUUAGUAACUUGUGUUUUGGUAGCUGCCUUAUGGGUAGGCUUAUUCACUUUUGUAUCACUAAUGUCUAAAAUAGCAUUUAAUACCAAGGAUACCACAAGACAAAGCCCUCAUGGAGUUUAAAAUGAAUCUGGGACAUAGCGGAUACGUAAAAGUAGUUGUGGAAUGAAUUGACUGUAGAAAAAGCCUUUCAAAUAUAUAAAAUUAUAUCCUAGACCAUAAGUAGUGAUCUUUCUCUUGUUUUUCAAACAUUCCUUCCUUUCCUUAGGAAAAACAUAGAAUGGAAAGCCCAGCCCAUCCUUGUUGGCUGUCAUACACGAGUGCUGUCUCCAAGGGAGUCAUAGGUGUCUCAGAUGUGAGAGGAUCCCAGGGAGAUUAAGCUUACUGCCUGGGAACUUUUGGAUUUCUGGAGAAGCAGGCUGUGGUAGCCUGGCUCUGCAUCAGUGAAUACCUGGGAAAGGAGCUGGAGCUCUAUUUUGCUUGCUUUCUGCAUUCGUUUCUUUUAGAGCUAAUGGGGACACAAUAUUUAGAAGUUUUUCCAUUUCGGGUCUACAGCAUUUAGUGGUAUUUUCCUUAUAGUUAUGUUUUCCAAAUACUUCUCAAUUUCUUUGGUUCUGACAUUUCACAAUGAUUUUAAAAAAUGUAUUAUGGAAAUUAAACUUGAGGUUUUCAGAAGCUGCUUUCAAGGUUUCUAGAUACAGAGAGAAGAAUGUCACAGUAGGAAGUGCACUGGACUAGGGGAGUCAGGAGACCUGGGUUCUUGUGUUGGCGCCGUCACUCAUGAGCUACGAGGUGACUUCAGGCGAGUCCUCUCUGAGCCCCAGCUUAAUCACGGCACAAUUAUAGGAUUGCUUUGAGGGUCAAAUGAGAAUAUAGGAAAGAACUGCAAAAGCGGUAAAGCACUUAGGAGCUAUGGGAUAGUUGAGAGCUUCAGAGUCAAGGAAGACAGCCCACACUUUAGAAGAAGUGCUGCAGCUGUGCAUUUGUUCAUUUAAUCAGCAAUUAUUUAUGAAGCAAUAUGUGUUACAUGCCGGGUGUAAGUACCUCUCUACUCCUUCCCACUAGAACAGAGAGCUUUUAGUCUGGGAUGGAAGACGUAUUAAAUACAGACUUAUACAAAUAAUUGUUAUUAAUAUAAUAUGUAAUACAAUGCAAUUAUAUUAAAACAAUAAUUUGUAUUAGACACAUGUUAAGUGCACACUUACACAAAGAAUUGUUACAAGUAUCUCGGAUGUACAGGGCGGUUUUAUUCCUGCGAAAUGCUUCCUGGCUUGAGUGAAUACUUUUAUGGUGCUGGAGUUGAGAGAUAACACAGUUAACUGUUGAAAUUGGGCUAUUCCCAUUUCACAGGCUGCUAUUGGACCUGUCAAGUGCCUGAGUCAUGUGAUAAUGGGCUACAUUGCACAGGGCCCCUGGGCCAUCUCCAGAGGAGAUGCCAGAGGACAAGUGCCCACUUGCUGAUGUUCACAGAGCACCCUGAAAGUAAGAGGCAUGUGGGAAACUGACCAGGGCGGUUAGUUGGCUGCGAAAUUGUCCAGAUUAGCAAAACUGCCCUCUGCGAAUCUUUGUUAAAGUUGGGUAUGGUAUUAUAGCAGUUUCUCCAGUCAGGUACCUUGUACUAGAGAGUCAACUUGAUUUUUUUUUGAAAAAGCAAUUAUUUAAUGUUUCCUUUCAGGAAUUCUAGGUACUUAUUGUCUUCGUCUUGUCCAUUUAGGUCUGUAACCUAUAAGUUUUAAAGGACUUUUUGGUAGGAAUUCUGAUUAGUAAAGAUAGAGGAAGAAAGGAAAUUAUUUGGUAUCCAUUUCAAGUGAUCCUGAAUGGUUAGGGUAAGCUUUGCUGCAGUGACAAAUAGAUCCAGACAUGUAAUGGCCUCACAAUAGAAGUUUAUUUUUCAAUCCCAUAACAAUCUAAGGAGGCUACAGGUCAUGGUGGUGGUUGGAGUUUGUGUGUGUAGGUGUGGGGAGGGUUCUUUUUAAAGCAGUAGUCCGAGGAUUGAGGCUGCUGGAGGCUCUUCUAUUUUGAACACCCGGCUUCCAAGGAUGUCCUGGGAAUCAGCUUCCCAGUUGAGGAGAAGAGGAGAAGAGUGGAGGGCAGGUCUGGAAGAGGCUGUGCUGCUCCUGUUCCCAUUGCAUUGGCUGCCACCCAGCGUGAGACGGUUUAAGCGGAAGCAUCUUACUGCCAUCGACUGCCAGCAUUUGGCUCGGAGUCACUUGGCUGUGACCCAGCCCUUCGGUCAAAGAUGGACAAACAGAGAUCCGAACCAUGGUCUCUAUCCUAAACCCAGAACAAAAAGAGGGAGUAGGGGUCAGGGACGUCAAAGAUGCAUCCCUGAGUUCUUCCUAGCAGGCAAGUGGCCGUGCACCAAUGACAUGGCCAAAAGCAAUUCUGUUGGCCAGGACAGCUGUCAGGACUCUGAGGGUGACAUGAUCUUUCCUGCAGAGAGCAGCUGUGCACUGCCUCAGGAAGGCAGUGGAGAAGCAUGGCUGGGCUCAUCAGGGUCUGCCCCGCCCUCCAGGAAGCGGUCUCGGUCCUCUGAGGAAGAGAGUAACCAGGCUACCGGGACCAGCCAGUGGGAUGGAGUUUCUAAGAAAGCUCUGCGGCACCAUUUGUCUGUGCCAUGCACAAGGCCUAGGGAGGCCAGGCAAGAAGCAGAGGACAGUAUGUCUCGGCUCUCUGCAGAGUCUGGAGAAACCGACCAAGAUGCUGGGGACAUGGGUCCUGAUCUCGUUCCUGACUCAUACUAUGGGCUUCUUGGGACCUUGCCCUGCCAGGAAGCACCGAGCCACAUUUGCAGCCUGCCUAGUGAGGUCCUGAGGCACGUGUUUGCCUUCCUCCCGGUGGAAGACCUCUAUUGGAACCUGAGCUUGGUGUGCCACCUGUGGAGGGAGAUCAUCAGUGACCCACUGUUCAUUCCUUGGAAGAAGCUGUACCAUCGAUACCUGAUGAAUGAAGAACAAGCUGUCAGCAAAGUGGACGGCAUCCUGUCUAACUGUGGCAUAGAAAAGGAGUCAGACCUGUGUGUGCUGAACCUCAUACGAUACACAGCCACCACUAAGUGCUCCCCGAGUGUGGAUCCCGAGAGGGUGCUGUGGAGUCUGAGGGACCACCCCCUCCUCCCCGAGGCUCAGGCGUGUGUGCGGCAACACCUCCCCGACCUCUAUGCUGCUGCCGGGGGUGUCAACGUCUGGGCCCUGGUGGCGGCUGUGGUGCUCCUCUCCAGCAGUGUGAAUGACAUCCAGCGACUGCUCUUCUGCCUCCGGAAACCCAGCUCCACGGUGACCAUGCCAGAUGUCACUGAGACCCUGUACUGCAUAGCCGUGCUUCUCUACGCCAUGAGGGAGAAGGGGAUUAACAUCAGCAAUAGGAUUCACUACAACAUUUUCUAUUGCCUAUAUCUUCAGGAGAAUUCCUGCACUCAGGCCACAAAAGUUAAAGAGGAGCCAUCUGUCUGGCCAGGCAAGAAAACCAUCCAACUUACACAUGAACAACAGCUGAUUCUGAAUCACAAGAUGGAACCUCUCCAGGUGGUGAAAAUUAUGGCCUUUGCCGGCACUGGGAAGACCUCAACCCUGGUCAAGUACGCAGAGAAGUGGUCUCAGAGCAGGUUUCUGUAUGUGACAUUCAACAAGAGCAUCGCAAAGCAGGCCGAACGCGUCUUCCCCAGCAACGUCAUCUGCAAAACCUUCCAUUCCAUGGCCUAUGGGCACGUAGGGCGGAAGUACCAGUCAAAGAAGAAGUUGAAUCUCUUCAAGUUAACACCCUUCAUGGUCAACUCCGUCCUUGCUGAAGGGAAGGGUGGAUUCAUAAGAGCCAAGCUCGUGUGUAAGACUCUAGAAAACUUCUUUGCCUCGGCUGACGAAGAGCUGACCAUUGAUCACGUGCCUAUUUGGUGUAAGAACAGCCAAGGACAGAGAGUCAUGGUUGAGCAGAGUGAAAAACUGAAUGGUGUCCUUGAAGCAAGCCGCCUCUGGGAUAACAUGCGGAAGCUGGGGGAGUGCACAGAAGAGGCGUACCAGAUGACUCAUGACGGCUACUUGAAACUCUGGCAGCUGAGCAAGCCUUUGCUGGCCUCUUUUGAUGCCAUCUUUGUGGAUGAGGCCCAGGACUGCACACCAGCUAUCAUGAACAUAGUUCUGUCUCAGCCAUGUGGGAAAAUCUUUGUAGGGGACCCGCACCAGCAGAUCUAUACCUUCCGGGGUGCAGUCAACGCCCUGUUCACAGUGCCCCACACCCACGUCUUCUAUCUCACGCAGAGUUUUCGGUUUGGUGUGGAAAUAGCUUAUGUGGGAGCUACUAUCUUGGAUGUUUGCAAGAGAGUCAGGAAAAAGACUUUGGUUGGAGGAAACCAUCAGAGUGGCAUUAGAGGUGACGCAAAGGGGCAAGUGGCCUUGUUGUCCCGGACCAACGCCAACGUGUUUGAUGAGGCUGUACGGGUGACGGAAGGGGAAGUCCCUUCAAGGAUACAUUUGAUUGGGGGGAUUAAAUCAUUUGGAUUGGACAGAAUCAUUGAUAUUUGGAUCCUUCUUCAGCCAGAGGAAGAACGGAGGAAACAAAACCUCGUCAUUAAAGACAAAUUUAUCAGAAGAUGGGUGCACAAAGAAGGCUUUAGUGGCUUCAAGAGGUAUGUGACCGCUGCCGAGGACAAGGAGCUUGAAGCCAAGAUCGCAGUUGUUGAAAAGUAUAACAUCAGGAUUCCAGAGCUGGUGCAAAGGAUAGAAAAAUGCCAUAUAGAAGAUUUGGACUUUGCAGAGAUGGAGUCUCACCAUGUUGGCCAGGCUGGUCUCGAACUCCCAACCUCAGAGUACAUUCUGGGCACUGUGCACAAAGCCAAAGGCCUGGAGUUUGACACUGUGCAUGUUUUGGAUGAUUUUGUGAAAGUGCCUUGUGCCCGGCAUAACCUGCCCCAGCUUCCCCACUUCAGAGUUGAGUCAUUUUCUGAGGAUGAAUGGAAUUUACUGUAUGUUGCAGUAACUCGAGCCAAGAAGCGUCUCAUCAUGACCAAAUCAUUGGAAAACAUUUUGACUUUGGCUGGGGAGUACUUCUUGCAAGCAGAGCUGACAAGCAAUGUCUUAAAAACAGGCGUGGUGCGCUGCUGCGUGGGACAGUGCAACAAUGCCAUCCCUGUUGACACCGUCCUCACCAUGAAGAAGCUGCCCAUCACCUAUAGCAACAGGAAGGAAAACAAGGGGGGCUACCUCUGCCACUCCUGCGCGGAGCAGCGCAUCGGGCCCCUGGCGUUCCUGACGGCCUCCCCGGAGCAGGUGCGCGCCAUGGAGCGCACUGUGGAGAACAUCGUGCUGCCCCGGCACGAGGCCCUGCUCUUCCUCGUCUUCUGAGGAUAAGGCGCACGUUCUCCGCAGCGCAGAGCAGCUUGCCGAGGACCCCGCGUGAAGAAAGCCAGCAGUGGGGGCUCCUGCUCCCUGAGACUCUGGGUUCACCCACAGCACUUUCUGAGGAAGAGGACACCAGCCCAAGCUGGACCUGCCAUUUCUCCACUCCCUACAGACAGCCAGUCUCCACUUGCCUCCCGUCCGGACGUAUCUGGUCGGGGAAGUGGGGGAUGUUCUUUUGAUAAAAAAAAAAACAAACAUUUUAUGUAUUUAAACUUUUAUUACAAGAUUUCAAUUAAACAGGCACCAUAGCACUGGCA